UAGUGGCAGAGUGGAUAAUUUGUAUUAGUUAAACGUACUUCAGUCUGUUUAAACAGGUGCUCAGUUCAGCAGCAGUAAAAUGAUAAAAUUGUUGCAAAUAUUACAUUUUGUCAACAUUUUAACAAGAAAAGUGAUGAGUAUGAAGGAUGCAGAUGUGAUAAUAGUUGGUGGUGGAAUAGCUGGUCUUUCAGCAGCAGUCAGGCUCAAGGAGCAUGGAAUCAAGACUAUUUUGUUGGAAGCUAAGAACCGUAUUGGAGGACGGAUAUUUACGGAUGGAAAGCUGGAGCUGGGAGCUCAAUGGAUACAUGGAGGCUGUCCAGGCAAUCCCCUCUUCAACUAUGCAUCGACAAAGAAACUUCUUGGAUCUAAAGUAAAGCGUGUAGGGGAUGACCAAGAGGAUGAUUACCCAACUGGAUACUUCUACACCUCUCAGGGGAGAAUAAUAGACCGUGAUAUCUCUAAUAAAGCCUGGGACAUAUAUGAGAAUAUAAAUGAUGAAACUGAAUUUAGUUUCAAAAAUGCUGAACCAUCUCUUCAAGGACAAUCUCUCGGAGAGUUCUACAAGAAACGUGUAAAAGAAGAAAUAAGAAAGCUUAAGAAGGAUGACUAUUCCAGAAAUGAAAUGAAGGAUAUAGAAAUGGUGGUUGAAAGUCUUUCACUCAUGCUAGCAGGAUAUCUUGGGGAUUCUCUUGAAGAAGCCAGUCUUUAUCUAUAUGGAAGCUCUGAGGAGCUACCUGGAGAAGAUGUUGUUGUCCCUGAUGGACUCAAUAGCAUUAUAAAUGCACUUGCUCAAGAUAUGGAUAGCAACUUUGAACUCGAGAAGCCUGUUGAGAAAAUUAAAUGGAGUUCCGAGGGAGUAGAAGUUGUGACAAAAGACAGAGUUUACAAUGCUGACCAUGCAAUUGUGACAGUCCCAAUUGGAGUUUUGCAAACGCAAGAUUUGUUUUCUCCUCAAUUAGAUGAUAAGAAGAAGAGAGGAAUAGAGAAUAUGCGAGGAGGAAGGAUCAGCAAAAUAUUCCUUGAGUUUGAUAAACCAUUCUGGAAUGAAGGAGAAGGAAACAUAAAUUUCGUCUGGACAAAGAAGGAUAUUGAUGGUGCUAAUUUACCCGAGGAAUGGUUCAAAACCGUGAAUGGAUUUGAUGAGGUUGAGGGUACUAAUGAUACUCUUAUAAUGUGGGUAGUAGGUAGUGCUGCAGAGUAUGUAGACAAACUGGGAGACAAAGAAAUACUUGAACAAGCUGGAAAACUACUCAGACGGUUUACUGGGGACCCUGCACUAUCUCUUCCCAACAAGGUUCGAAGACACCCCUGGCUAGCAGAUCCCUAUGCACUAGGAACCUGGAGCUAUCCAUCUAUCUACUCAACUCAUCAGGACUAUAAAGAGCUAUCAACUCCUCUACCCUCUCCUACAGUACCCAGACUACUGCUAGCUGGAGAACAUGUACAUCCUCAAUACUGGUCAUUCAUGCACGGUGCACGGCUUUCAGGGAUCGAGCAAGCGGACAAAAUUGCAGAGUUUAUGAAAAAAUAAGUUAAUGUAAAUAUCAAGAUUGUGUUUUUUCUCAAUUAAACAAAUAACAUAUGUAUCAGAUUAGACAAAGUAGAAAUUAUUCAUACUUUAAAAUAAAAAAACACUUAAAAAAUA